AGGGGGUGGGGCUGGGUAUUAGAUUAUAAGCAGGUUCUUUUGUACCCAACAUUUUAGCCUUUAGGAGUCUUUGGCGUGCCUUUUCUGCUAAUUAGUAAGCAAUAUACUAGCUGAAACGUUAAACUAUACAUUUUAGAAUUUCUCUUUUGACUAAUACUCUAACCAUACAUCCUCAGAUCUAAUUUUAUUUAAACUGGAUAUCAUCAAGCCAUUCUAACAGAUCAUAGAGUAAAUUUUAACUCAUCACACUAUUCAAUAUCUCAACUUCAUGGAGCUUUCUAAGAUUUUAGUUUCAUUUUUUGGUCUUCAAUUCUUACUUUUUCUGUCACCAAGCCAUGCAGUGCCUGGAAAUUCCAAUACAUUUAGGGAAUACAUUGGAGCAGAGUUUAAUGGUGUCAAGUUUAGUGAUGUCCCUAUUCGCUCUGGUGUCGAAUUUCACUUCAUUCUCUCCUUUGCUAUCGACUACACUACAUCUUCUCCGGCUCCAACAAAUGGUCAAUUCAACAUCUUUUGGGACACAGAUAACCUCACCCCUUCUGCUGUUUCCGCGAUUAAAGACCAACAUACUAAUGUUAAAGUAGCAUUGAGCUUAGGAGGGGACAGUGUUGGUGGAAGCAGCGCCUAUUUCAACCCUUCUUCAGUUGAUUCUUGGGUUUCAAAUGCUGUCUCUUCUCUUACAGAUAUCAUUAAGCAAUACAAUUUGGAUGGAAUUGAUAUCGACUAUGAACAUUUCCAAGCUGACCCUGACACGUUUGCUGAGUGCAUAGGUAAGCUAAUUACAACUCUGAAAAACAACGGAGUUAUAUCAUUUUCUUCCAUAGCUCCGUUUGAUGAUGAUGAAGUUCAAAGUCACUACAAAGCGCUAUGGAAAAGCUACGGUCACAUUAUAGACUAUGUUAACUUCCAAUUUUAUGCGUAUGAUGAAGGAACCACUGUGUCUCAAUUCAUGGACUAUUUUUCUACUCAAAGAUCAAAUUACGAAGCGGGGAAGAUCUUGGUCAGCUUCGCCACGGAUGGGAGUGGUGGAUUAUCUCCAGAAAAUGGAUUCUUCACUGCCUGCAGUAUUCUUAAAAGUAAAGGAGAGUUGGCUGGAAUAUUUGUGUGGAGUGCUGAUGAUUCAAAAUCAAAUGGUUUCAAAUAUGAGAAGCAAUCACAAGCAAUAUUGGGCAUACCCCACUAGUAAUUUCAUCUCCUAUGUAAUAAAUAUUGUAACAGAUAUACAACUUUAAAAGCUAUGCACCUCUUUGUUUGUACAAUAUUCUAGGGAUUUGAAUCAAUAUAUAUACUAAAUACUAUUUUCUCCGUUUAAAACAGAAUGAUCUACUUUAACUCAACAUAAAAUUUAAGAAAAUAAAGAAAACUUUUGAAUUUAUAGCCUUAAAUCAAAAUUAUAUCAAAUGUAUCAAAAUGUCCUUUAAUAUUGUGGCUCUAAAUAUGUCAUUUGGAAAGUUGAAAUUAAAGUACUAUAAAAAAAAAAAAGAAAUCAUUUUUUUUAAAACGGACUAAAAAAAAUAAGUUAUUCUUUUUUAAACGGAGGGAUAAUUUAUGAAUAUUCUAGGACUUAGGAGUAGUACUAGCCAUCCAAUCGUAGUAACUCAGCAAUUGCCUCCUUACAAGGUAGAACAACUAGCAAUGGUAUUAUUGGGAAACAACGAUAAAAUAAUAAUAACCACAAUGAAAAAAUAAUAAUAAUAACAAUAAUAUUAUUUAACUAUUGAUAAAAUAUUAUAUUAAUAAUAUUAACAAUACAAUAAAAUAACAAUGUAUAAUAUUAUUGCUACCUUAGUGAUAAUACUGUAAUCAAAAUGACAAUUAUAAUAGUAAUCUAAUUGCUUCUUAAUUAAUUAAUAUAUAAUUAUACUUGAGUCGUGUUAGACACUAUCCUAAGAAACUAUUUUUUUCAGCAAUGUGAAAUAUUUUUCCACAAUUAAACAAACACUUCCCUGAUUAAUUAGAGAAUAUUCAGAAUUAAAUAAAUUUUUCUUAAUUAAUCAAAA